CCCGCCGGCCACAGCGGCCCGCGGAGCCCCGCGGCGCCUGCGGUUCCUAAAAAUUAGCACUAUGACUGAUGGAGACUAUGAUUAUCUGAUCAAGCUCCUGGCCCUUGGAGACUCUGGCGUUGGAAAAACAACAUUCCUGUACAGAUACACUGAUAACAAAUUUAAUCCAAAAUUCAUCACAACAGUAGGGAUAGAUUUCCGGGAAAAACGAGUGGUAUACAACAGCAGAGGACCAAAUGGAUCUCCAGGAAAAGCCUUUAAGGUACAUCUCCAGCUUUGGGACACAGCUGGACAGGAAAGAUUUCGAAGUCUUACCACAGCAUUUUUCAGAGAUGCCAUGGGCUUUUUGCUAAUGUUUGAUCUUACCAGUCAACAGAGCUUCUUAAAUGUCAGAAAUUGGAUGAGUCAGCUGCAAGCCAAUGCAUAUUGUGAGAAUCCAGAUAUAGUGCUGAUUGGUAAUAAAGCUGAUUUAUCAGACCAAAGGGAGGUAAAUGAAAGGCAAGCAAAAGACCUGGCGGACAAAUAUGGCAUACCGUACUUUGAAACGAGUGCUGCUACUGGACAAAAUGUGGAGAAGGCUGUGGACACUCUCCUGGACUUGAUUAUGAAACGCAUGGAGCAGUGCGUGGACAAGACGCAAGUCUCUGACGCCGCCAACGGGGGAAACUCGGGAAAGCUAGAUUCAACAAAACCAGAGGAGAAAAAGUGUGCCUGCUGAACUUCACCUCUAAACUGUGAGAACCAAGCAAAAUAUCUCAUCAGAAAGCGGUUAACCACCACCAAAUCCAAACCUGCUCUGUUGAGCCAUGCACAGAAGCAGAGUUGCAUUGUUUUAUUGGAAUUGUGCAUUUUUUUUUCUCCAAAGAACUGAUGUAAAAGCUAAAACCUGUGUCUCAGUGAGGCUGCUGUGCUGAAAUAAUUCUUCCUGAUAGGUGCCAUUUUCAUGGAAACUAUCCCCCCUUUUCUUCCCCUUCCCACUCCCUUCCCCUCCAGCCCUCAUCUUUAUUUUACGUGUGAUCAGGAUACUGAAUAGAGGAAGGUAGCUUUAUUUUUUUAAAAAAGGCAGGAAGGAAUCUAUUGUCUAUAUAAACUGGAUAUAGAAAUUAAAAUGCAAGUGGGUGGUUUUCCAGGUCUGUGCCAUCUUACCACAGAUUCCUAUUUCUUUAUAAUUCUUGACCUACAUCAGGGACCAUGCAUUUUCUAAGGUGUACAAAAGAUUUUAUGUGGCCUAUUAAGAAAAACUUUCACUUGCACAGGGUAAGGAAUGCUGUGAAUCUGUCCUGACUGAAUCACUGAUCAGUUGGUUAGUUGGGGCAGUGUGGGUGGUGUGAGUGUCUCUAUUGGGUUGGGGGUGGGAGAGGAAGACGGGAAUACAAUUUUUAGCAAAUUAAUCAGGGAAUCGUGCAACAUCACUUGUGUUGCCAAUAAUCCAAGCAGGGAUUGGAGAGUUACAGGAAAAAGUAUUGAGAGGAAUUCUCACGCUGCAGGGACAGUUUGAAAAAGAAAAGAGCAUAAUCUAUGGGAAAAAAGAGAAAAGAUAUAUUUUGUGCAGCAUCUUCUGAAUCUCACUGUAAGCAAAAAAUAUUUUUUUCUCCCCUCCCCCACCUAAGGAAACCAUCCUUGUUCUUUUUUAAUUCAGAUAACUGCAUAUCCCAGGUGGGACAAGGGAAAACUUGUGAAUCUUUGCACUGUCUGAAAGAGAACUGUAAAUUCAGUCGUACUGGGGGAAUUGCUAAGAAGUUACUCACUGUGGUUUUGUUGGGGCUUCAGUACAUUCAGGUUUUCAACAGGAAGAAACUUCCUCAUAUUCUCUACAAGAGGCAACAUGGAAAAACAGUGAAGGGGGGCUUAGUAUGACAGGGUCCCAAAAUAUGCCUGACUCGAGAUGAAAACGUAUUGCAGAAGUUUGCAGAUACCUCAGAUGAAUGGAUAAAAAAAUAGCCUCUUGGUGUACUACAAUAGGAGGGUAAAAUGUGAAAGAUAUCCUUUACAGAUGAACGUAAAAAAUCUAAUGAAACAGCAAAUCACUCAUUACAAGCAAAGACAAGUAGAGGAAAAAUUAAAGAAAAAUAUUCUACUUAUAAGUCUGGAUCAUUUUUGAAAUCAAAUUAUAGCAUAUUGAUUAAACUACCCUGUCCUAUCUUGUAGAAUAACAUUUCGGCUUGAUGGAGCUGGUAGUUAAGGGUCUAUUAGUGUUUAUUGUGCUUUAAGCUACUGUCACUUGGAAGGGGGCCGACUGGAAGAAAGAACAACUCCAUUAAGAAGUCAAGUGAAAUUGGCUGAGUUGGCAGGAUUGUACACUUCCAUUUACUUAAACGUAAAGUCGCACAAUGUUUUCAGCUUUGAUUCAGAAUUUCAAACUUUGUGAACAGCAAGCUCAAAAAACAGUUGGGUGUUUCCCAAAAGCUGAGAAUUUACCAGCUACUUUGGUGAAAGAACAACAAAUUUUUCUGCCCAGAUCAUAAAAUGAUGUUUACUUGAUGAUUUGGCUUGAUGAUAGCAGCACAGAUGGUACGUCCAUAGGAGCAGGCUUACUGGGUAGUGGAGUAGCCACAGUUACUGGACCAGUACAGAAAUCUAGUUUGCAGACUUAAAGGUGAUAUAACCAAUAAGCUAUACGUGACGACUGCGUAUAGGGAAUACUAUACCAACCAGCUCAAAUAAAUGCUCUUUCGUAGGCUGGAAAAAGCCCUGGCACCUCAAGAUGCAAAAGCUACUUUAACAGUCCAUAGCUGAUUUCCCAGGCAGAAGGUGCGAGUAGACUGGUAUUCAAGCAGAAUGAUACUCGGAUAUGUCCCUUCAGUUAGGGACUGGAAGCUCGGUGACUUUUCUUGAGUAAAGUUAUAUCUUUUUCUCCUUUUUUUUUUUUCUUUUUUUUUUUUUUUUUUUUUAGUAUGUAGCAUCUAACCUAUGCACAAUUUUAAAGAAAAAUUGUCACUUUGUAAUAUCUCUUGAAUUCAUGAAAAGGUUGAAGUGAGAAGUUUCCUUUCUCAGUUUCAAAGAAAUCUCAGAAUUUCAUGGCAUCAAGUUUUUGUCCAUUGAACAUGAGUGAAAGAGGUUGCUAAGAGCACUAAAGUAUUGCCAGUCAAUAAAAACUGUAUUUCCCAAAGCAGCUUACAUAUAGCUUGUCCAGAAGCUGUUACAAAGCUUGAAGUGAUCUUGGUAGCUUCAGCAGUAGCCAGAUGAUUCAUAUAAAGGUGUGGAAAAUCCUAAAGCUGGCAGUGUUUCAAAGCACCUUGAUGAAGCUCCGUUGCUUCCAUUUAUCACCUUACCUGGUGAAACUAGCAUUCUUAAAAUAGUGGGAGCAAAAAGAACUAAAAAACUACAGAACAGUUUGCUGCAGAGGAAAGAUUUUCAUCUUACCACUGAACUUCAGUGACCGUAAAUUGUCAAAAGGGGAAGCGAGCUCCCCGACGGCUCUGCUCUCUGAGGGCUGGUUUUAGAAAGGUCCCGCUGCUGGAGGUGGAGGUAGCGUGUGGCUGUCGCAGUAGCAGUAUCGCCUGAGGCAUCUGUCUAGGAGCUACGGGGAAAUGGCUGCAGCAAAAACUCCACAGCUUGCUUUGUAUUUGUAUGCGAGCUACUGCAAGCAAUGCUGACUGUUAUUCUGUGUUUAACAAAAACAAAUCCGUAAAAGCUUGUGAAACUUAUCUCAACUGGAUUUUUGCCAUCAAAACUUAGGCUAGAGGAAAGGAAGAGAAAUGUUUCUGAUCUUGGUAGGUGCUACAAGUUAUAACCCAGUGAGCCAGCGUAUAAGAUCGUGGAAAUAAACAGUAACUGCAGCAAACAGAGGAGAUGCUGCCUGGGCUGCUCACAGAUGAGGUCUUACCCGGUCAGGCUUUACGGAAAGGGACUUCUGAAUCGUACACGUGGUAACACCCUCCCAGGUCUCUGCACGAACUGCCUGCUGUCCGCAGGGCUUCGCUGCCCUGCAGUGGACCCCGCACAGCCUCUCCGUCUGCGUAGGGCGCUGGGGUGGCGGGCGGUGGAGCUCGGCUGGCGACCACGCUGUGCAGCACAGGUGAAUCGCUGGUUCCACUGGUGGCUCAGUCUCGAGUCAAGGCUGUUACAAAGCGAGUAAAGCCCAGUGUCUCGGUACGGCGCGCUUAUUUACUAGUUCUAGGCCUUUUGCGUUUUGAACUCUCAGGUGUAUCCCUUGCUGGAGCUGCAUGGCCUGUCUGCUGUCGCGGUCUUUUUUGCACUUCCAUGACUUGAAAUGUUCAACAUGUUCUGUCUUGCAAAUUCUUGCAGGACACCAGCUUUGAAAAUGAAUUUGCUUUCACUUAACAUGUUGAGUAGGAUAUGGCUUCACCCCACCCCAUUCAGCAGAACCUGAAUUCUGCUAUUGCAACGUUUGCUUGUGCAGUGUUGAAGUGGAAGUUAAGCAUUUGCUUUGAAGCAAAAGUUCAGCUAAUAUCCCGCCACGUUGCUGGAGAGGGAGGGAAGCUGCUGGUUUCUCAAGGUGCCUUGUGGUGCCCCUCUAGAAAUACGUCACUUCUGUCCGUUUCUCCAGUCCGAGCGCUGUCGCCGUAGGCUUCGUCGUGCAGCGUGUGCGUGCGAUUUCUGAAGUGAGCAGGGCUGCGCGCUGCCCCGGGGGACAGCACAGCCAGGCCUUUAGAGGCGCGACUUGCGUGGUCUUGUACCGAGUAAAAUUUUUGGCUGCCUUUUCUCUCUGCGUGGGUGUUUCCAAUGCCUCUGGCGGUGGUGUUUACAAAGAUAAGUCAAGCUGUCAGGCUUUGAGUCCGCUCCCUUACUGGGACUCGUGACAAGGAAUAACACGUAUGUACCACGGCAGGGCUGCGACUUCUGCUGCACCUCAGAGCUCAAAGUCCCGUCUGCCUUUCUCAUCUACUGUCCUCUCAGUUCUAAGCAUGAAUGUAAAAAUGUGCCGUUACUUAAGCCAUCACAACACUGUAUCAAAAGAAAUGUUAAUCCGCUAGCCUGGAAUACUACCAGGGUUUUGACCGCGCCGUCCCACGUACGGGCUCCGGUGUGAACCGCCACGCUGGGUGAAUUCAGUACGUGCAGGUGAUACCGUGAGCAGUGGGAAAACUUAACAGCUGGGUAGAAGGUGUCUUCGGCUGAUGUUGCUGCGGUUUGUGCGUCUUGUGCUGAUCUAAACCCCCCAUCUCCCCGCAGCUGCCCCAGCGCCCUGCCCUGCUGCGGCCGGCGCCGGGGGAAGCUGCAGCGGGAGGAAGGCCGGCACCGCCUGCCUCUGCUGCUCCUCAUCCUCGGGGAAUAAAACCAAGGGAGGGGAGCGCUGGGCCGUUCCCGGCAUGAAACGCCGCGAAAGGGAGCGGGUCCCCUGUGGCAGAAAUGCCCUUGCGGGUCACCAACAACCCGGGUCCCCAGAGCUUGGCGAACUGCGUCUGGGGCGUCUUUGGGCAGAAAGAAGGUAUUGCCAGGGCAGAAAAGCUGUCAUUAAAAUGUCUGAAAGUAAAGAACUGCAUAAAAGUACCUAUUCCAUGACCAUACCGAUGCGAUUUUUCUUUUAAUAUUGUCCAACCAUGCAGAAAAUUAUUCCAUAAACAGUACAAUAUUGGGAGAAUAGUCUAUAACGCGAAGUUUGUUCGAGGCUUGAGCGUAUGCUUCCCAGCAAAGCCGCCGUGCAGAGCGGCUGCGGGGCUGGAAUGGGCCAGGCCAGGAAAGGGGCGAGGGGCAGAAUUUGGAAUAUGCUGCAUCGUGUACGGCAGUCUUGGCUUCGCAGUCACUUAAGCUUCUGCUUUCAUUUUAUGAAAGAUUUUUAAACAGGACGUUUGCUGGCAGCGCUGGCGCGGUGUAGCAAAAGCAGCGUUGGAGAGCAGCUGCCGUUUGCCCUCCUGGUACCUUUAUAAAACCCGAUUGCCUUAAGCUGUUUUCUGAAGGCUAAAUCUUACCUAACGUUUUGAAUGUGUGCAGGGCCGUCAUACGUGUAUUUAGGCUGUAGAUGACUGAACCAUGUAAGAAACUUUGAUAAAAGCUGCAUUAUAUGUGAUAUUGAUAACUAAUGAAUAGCAACUAUUUGGGACCCUGUUUUAAGGUAAAAGGUUUUAUCUCCUAGAAUUACUUCAAUUCGUGGAUGUGACUAAUGUUCAGCCUCUUGAGGUAUAAAUGAAAGUAUCUGCCUAGAGCUGAAAUUUUAGAAUUUGCAUGCAUGUAUACAACUGAAGAAGAGUAGCAAGCCUAAAAAUAAACUCAAGUAGCUGCUAUUUUUGUACAGGUGUGAACAGAGCAGGAGUUUCAGAUCAUGCCCUGAUCUUAAAAAGGAGGGGGGAAAAGAAGUGUUGUAACUGCUGCCACUCUGAAAACGUUAAAAAAUUGAGAUUUUUUUACUGCUGAGACUUGGCUUGAGGCAUCCUCAAGUAGGAAGCCAAAUUUUCAGUUUCUUUCCCGUGUCUUGUAGUUGUUCUGCUGUGGAAGACGGGCCCCGGUCCCCGCUGCACACACGUGCACACCCGCAGGGGACAGGUUCUCUUCUUGUUGGGUUUUUCUAUAGGAUGUUGUUGAGUUGGAACCAUUCUCCUGGGUGCUGGGCAGAUCUGUUUCUAUUUUAGCGUUAUUAUUUUUUCUAUUUUAACUAGUUCAGAGCAAUGGAGGUAGUGAUUCUUUGCUACGUGCUUUUAUUCCAUAAGUUACCUACUUAAAACAUAACUUUAGAGAGCGUAACCUGAAGUUGUCAGUCCUCAUUGCAAUAGGGCUUAAUGGACACACUGUAUUCUCAAAGAAGCCUGUUGUAUCUAACAGCUUAUUUUUGGAAGUUAAAUUGUUCUUUGGUUUCCUUAAGGUAUCUUUCAGAUAAACACUAAACAUUAUACCGUAUCAAUUACCUUUUAAGUGUUUCCUUCUGUUAUGCGACUGUAAGCAUGUUUUCUGUUUGUCUUCAGCAGAUCUGUGUUAUGCCUAGUGAUACGAAUGUGACUGAAACUAUCUUGAACGCAAAUACUAUUUUUUAUUAUAUAUGCCCCUUGAUGGACCGUGGUGCUUGCUUACUACUGUUAAUGUCAUUUUGUUGUACCAAAGUACCUGUGGCUUCAAACCAUAGUGUCAAAUGAUUCACUGGUGUCUGGGUUUGUGUAAUGCAGUUGAAGAAUGUAAUCCUGUGAUUCAGUUUCUGCACUGUUAUUUUCAAAAUAAA